ACUGCAGAACUGCGUCUUUAUGGAAAAUUUAGCUAUGAAUACUUGUCGACGAUUGUCUAGCAGAGCUCUCUAGACGAUAGCCACCAAACCUCAUAAUACGACACCAUCCUUGCAAAGCCGCCGAAUACCCGGAAGUGAGGCAAGCUUCGACCAUGAGCUUUAGCGAGUGGAAUAAUGUUAAACAGAAUCCUCGUAAUCUUCUAUGAAAUACUGGGUACAUCUUAGUCUAUCACUUGCCUGUCCAAAUUUUUACUUCCUCAGCCCAAACGAAAUUUUUGGUGUUGCAGCCCGAUCAACUUCCGGGUGCAGCCGGGUCAUUACUUUAAGUGCUAGCCAACAUUUGUCUCUGAUUCGAUCUCCUUCCUUGCAAAUCAAAAUGGACUCGUAGAAUUCGCCUCGAAGAGAGAUCAAAGCACUGGUCGUCUCAGGUAGGAGUGAGCGACCUCGGCCUCCGAGUGCGGUGGUGGUCGCCCUGUGGAGCCGAGGAGGCGACGAGGACGAUCGCGCCCACGGUGACUCAUUCACUUAAUGAUCAGCCUGGCGGUAGACCCCUCAGACGUUGCUUAAGGAGAUGUUCGUUGAAUGCACACGCACUGUUGUUGGCUAAUGAUUUAGCAACGGCUAGUUUAAUCAGCCAGUUGCUUAUCGAGCAGUAGUUGCUGCAAAACUGGUGGAGUCAUAGAUCGACUAACCAACGAGAGUGGAGGCCAGUGGACCUAGUUUCAGUAACGGCAACGCACUCGAGAGUCCAACAAGGAAGAAGAGCAAAGAAACGGCCGCGCGUAAUGUUGAUAGCGCGCCCGUUCGCCAGCCCCCCAACUCGCAGUGCUGCCACAGUACAAGUAACGAUUGGCGAUUCCACCAACAUGUGGAAGAGGCAGUACGACUUCUGUAAACAAAAAGAAGAUGAGCUUUGUUCUGCAAGAACUAUGGCUGGUGCCGCUAUGACCGUAUAGCACUACGACAAUUACAAUAGCUACUAAUAGUAAUAAUAAUACACGAUACACAACGAGCAAUCGAUAGAAGAGCGUUUUGUUUAUCUGGCUGGUAACCUCAAGCUGGCCGUUCAGGACUAAUUGUAACUUGUGCAAAUUAGUACUUAUUAUUAACUCAUUAGUUGAAAAGAAGAGUAAAGGGUAUCGGCGGACGGAUGAUUCUUGAUCGGCUCGUGGUUUGUAUCGAGUUUUAUCUACAAAAGAACAACGAGACAAGGAAAAAUCUGGCAGAUAAAAGGAAGUGCGAAUUAUUGUUAUGAAUAGCGUUAUUCAUUAAUAGCUCGUUGUGGUUCAGGUGCAAAAAAUUUGCGUCAGCUUGAGCAAGAAGUCGAUCAGUAGCAUUCGCGUGCGCAAUUACUGAGAGACCGUCAUAGUCGUGAGAGGAAAACACGGAAUCUUUUUGUGUCCUAUUUUGGACUGAAGAGUGUAUCCCUGGAUAGAAGGGCGGUUAUAUAGAGAAAUAAAGAAAACCAAGCACAGUUGUUUCAUUAAGAAUAAACAGUGGUACUCACAAAAAAAGAGAAUACUAAAUAUCUAUCCGUUGUCUCCUACUGCUUCUGCCGCUGCUGUAAUUUUUAUAAUCGUUGUGUCGGUUAGUGUGUCUGCGCGUGUGAGUUUCUGUAGCUAAGCGUGGCUGAGAACCGCUUGUCCCCCUUACUACUCGGAGUUGCUCUGGCGACUUUGUCUGAUCUCUCCCGAUUUCUCGUGCUGCUGUUGCUGCUGGUAACCAUUAUCGCCGCGAGCGGCUGCAAAGAGGCUGCGGCGACGAUUGGGAGCUGGCAGAGAUAAACGGAGAUGAAGACCUAGGCUACGUGCCACUGCCAAAGAUUAAAGAUUGUUGCGGUGCGCGUACAAAUUGUGGUGCGGCGUCCAUACGGGGGGUUCGCGCACUGCACUGAUCCGGUGUCUUGUACCUGGCUACUAGAACUACUACGACUACUUCUAAUUGUACGAUCGUAAUUACAAAUUUAAAGACCACAAUUUCUUGGCUUCUGAAGGCGGCCAUAGGCGGUGGCGUUCUUCAGCAGCUGAUCGCUUUGAUCGCAGCUGAUUCAUUAUCAUAAUCGUGCGUGCAUGCGUCAGCUACACCAGAAAGUGGCAAAGGCCGCGUUCUGGUACGUCGGUGACCCUUAACGAACGGGUCCAACGGUGACCACGAAUUUACCACAAAGUUACCAUAUAUUUGAGGAAAAAGUGGAGCGUUACUUUCUGCCGAUCACCUUCUAAUUCUCCCUUUGGUACUUUCAUCACAAAGGACGGGAUUAAAUGAACUCGAGAUGGGUGUGUGACAAGUGAUGCGAAUAAGUGAUCGGCGUACCCUCGGAAAUUUGUUGGGGAACCCGAUUCUUUGAUUGGUGGGAAAGUACGGCAGCGAAUAUUGCUCGCGCUGGAAGUUGAGGUGGUAGGCGUCAUUCUGGCUUUGAAAAGCCUUGGUCGUGGCGAGGUGACGUGCCGCGCCGCUGAGCUCUAGCUGCUUCGAAAGGACAGACUGCUCCGAAGGAGGUAGCUAGACAACAAAACUAUAGGGCAGGUUGACAGGCAUGAAGCUGUUCCUUAUAACGGUUGUUUUCUUCGUGGGCUGUUCGCAAUGGACGCUCGGCCUACUUAGCGACCCCUACAAGAUACUCAACGUCGCACGGUCCGCUUCGGCUAAUCAGAUACGACAGGCGUACAAGGAACUCGCUAAAGAAUGGCACCCGGACAAAAAAAAAGAAGACCGCUCUGCGGAAGGAAAGUUCAUCAAGAUCAAACAGGCCUACGAGCUUCUCAUGGAUCCGGAACGACGAAACGAAUAUGAUAAGCAUGGUUGGACUGAAGACACACCCAAUUUCCGCAGGCGACGGGCCGCUUACGCCCAUCGGUAUAGUUAUGACCCGUAUGAAACAAUGUUUGGUGCGGAGCGUCCUCUACUCGCCAUCUACCAUAACAUGACGGUAACCACCAAAUCCUAUGAGAAUAAAAUUGUUCCAGACUCUCACGCGCGUAUUUGGCUGCUUCUUUUUUAUCAUGACCAGUGUUCACCCUGCCUGCAGGCAGCGCCAGUUUGGCAUAGAAUACAACAGGAGCUGGAACCGAUUGGUAUCGAGUUUGGUGCCGUACACGCCGAACAUGAGGAAGAGAUCCGAAAGAAGUUGGGUGUGGCGGCCUUGCCCCAUCUUGUCGCCGUCGUUCAGGGUCGGAUAGUGCAUUUUCGCGACGAGCAUUUGUCGCUCAACAACGUCAUCAACUUUGUCCGACGGACCUUCGAGCUGAAGAUCAUUGAGCGAUUAGAGGAACGCAAUCAACUUAAUGCGUUCUUGUCAGGCUGGAAAAACGACGACAAGGUCCGCGCCAUCUUCUUUUCACAGACCAAACAAAUUAAGCUCCGAUACAUGCUUGCUGCGUUCAAGUUCCGUGACUAUAUUCACUUCGGCUUUGUGUGUAUCGAGAAUAAGCCGGCAGGGGAGGCGAUUCGGCGUAAGCUAAACGUCCUCCCAAAGAAGGAAUCACUUCUCCUCUUUAAUGAAUAUUCCUCGGCACCGUUCGCCACAGUGGCGAUGCCCGAGCUAAGCACACAGACACUGCACGACGCCCUUAAUGCUAACAAGUUCCUCAUACUACCGAGAGUUACGUCGCAGCCGAUAUUCAACCAGCUCUGCCCCAAUGAAUCGGCGCAGAAGGUGUCCCGACGUCGACUAUGUGUGAUCUGGGUGACUGUGUCUCAUCCAAGCAACCUCAACGAGGAUAGGCGGGUGCAAUUGCGUCUUUACGUCAAGGGACUGAGUGCUCAGUGGAAGGAGCGUGUGUCUUUCAUGUACUUACAGAAGGAUAAACAGGGCGAGUUCGUCGAAAGUCUUAUGAACGGCCCGGGGGUACCUGCGGAGCCAUCUGAGCACUUUGUGAUUAUCUGGCGGCGCACUGAUCUUGUCGUCGAGUACCAGUGGAUAUCGAAGCCUUGGUCGGGUGACGCCACGCAGAUGAACGCGAGUAAAGAAGAACUGAACAAUGUGUUAAUGCGUCUACUGCAUACGGCAGAAACCUUAGCGUGUGGUCGGGCUCGUCUACGAACACUUACCGAUGAGCACGCGCAGGGACUGUUGACACGUAUCCUUAAGCGACUCGCCCUGAUGGCUGAUGCCAUUGCCGAUAAUGUGUCCAAAUAUCAGGUGUUACCUGUUAUCUCCGUAGUUGUCUCGUUUGUGUUUAUAAUACUCAUCGGCUACCUUAUGUCCUACUUGGUCCAGCUCGAAGAGAACAAAAUACGGCAACAAGGAAAAGGUGUACACGUACCAGGUGGCCACAAACCGCGCAACGAGUGCAAGCUCAGCAUACAUGAACUGCGUGGAGAAACCUACAACGGCCUAGUGCGCUUACUUAAGCCCGGUUGCCGUACGGUCGUACUACUUGUGGACAAUGAUUCGAAACCCAAACUUCUUCCGCAGUUCUUCAAAGCCGUAUUUCCCUAUCGCAAAAAUAAGACGCUCAUGUUUGCGUUCAUGAUGCUUGAGAAGAAUCUUGAAUGGUACCGGCGCUUACUGCUACAGACCCUCGGCGAAUCAUCCCACAGACCACUCAACAUUAAUCCCAAGAACUGUAUUGGGACGGUAUUAUCUCUGAACGGUCACCGUAAGUACUUCUGCGUGUAUCACGCCAAGCACCGCGAGGAGGAACCCCGGAGGGAUCGAGACCGGGAUCGGGAGCGCGAGCGGCGUGGGACGUCGAUGGGUCCAUCGUUAUCUACCCAAACCAAUCAUGGGGCGAAUACAACAGGGGCGCACGGGGCCUUCCUGGGGUUUGACUCCUCCGACUCGGAGGCCGACUCAGAUGUAGAGAGCGGAAGACUAAUUAAAGGCGGCUCGCGAGGCGGCGGCAGUACGAGUACCGGCGGGACAGCGUCAGCAUCUGACAGCGGAAGUGGAGAUCUUUAUGGAUCAAUAUUGUUCGAGGAGCAUCUCCUUGAUGGGCUUUCGUCGUGGCUUGAUAAGCUCUUCGAGGGCACCACAAAGCGCUACUAUAUACAGUACUGGCCAGAAUGCAUGAAGUGAAAAAGGAUAAUAAUGAUAUUGAUAAUUAUUGCGUUACGAUGCUUUGAGUACAAGAAAAGAGUUGAAAUAUAAAAAGGUGAGAGAUUAGGAACGAAGAAGAGGACGCAAAUGAACGAAGGAAAGGAUAAGCAGAAAAAACGAAAUAGGCAUUAAAUCCAGAUGUGGGACAACGAGAGCGGCCGGAGUCAACUCUUCUGUCUGUUUUCCCCAAAACAGUGCCAUUGUUAUUAUGCAUCAUUGUUAACUAGAUUCCUGGCCAAACCAAGCCAUAAUGUCAUGCCGUAUGCACUUCUACAUUGGUUUUGGACGAUUGAGACAAUGCGAUAGUAAAUGUCGACUCCGACGAAUAGAAAUACUUUGUCACGAACGUCCUUCUAGAAAUUUCGUACCAACUAGGCACACACAAGACAGGACGCGAGCAGCAGAUCAAAUACAAUCAAUUUGUGGACGUACUAAGUACCGAUUGGUUAAAGGAUCUUGCAACGAUCGGUGCUUACCCGCAGAUUACCUAUCAUAUGCGUAUGGCCAUGAUCGACCGAACAAAGCCAACAGAGUGCAGCAGCAACAGCAGCAACAAGAAGUUGAAGAACACCGACGCAAGCGUAACCCCUAAAUUCUGGCCUUUCCGCCUUCGACGUUACAGCGCUGUAGUUUUGCCCCUUAGCUUCCUAACCGUUCCCCAUCGCAGACUUCGAGUAUUCCUCUAAUUUGACCCAAUGUCAUUAACAGUUAAUUUCAUCAAGAGUCCAGCGAGCGAAUAAACAAAUUAGAUGCAUCUGAAGCAGCCAACGCAAGCUAUGAUGCAGCCGCCAUAGUUGCAAUACAUAAAUAGAUGACAAAAAUGCAAAAUUGACAUUUUAUCAGGUCUCGCACAUCCCCUAAGUGUGCGUAAGUUGUUUGCUGUAGUUGAGUAAGUUCCAGUAGAGCAGUGUUUAUACAGUAUACUUGAGAUAUAAACAAUACAGUAUGAAAUUGCAAUGGUCGUGCGAAACAAUAAACGCAUAAGGAAACGACGCUACCCUCAUGAUGAUAUGAUGAUUAUGAGGGUUUUACAGAAACUUAUAAAAAGAGAUCAUUUUGGCAGUGAUAUCGUAAGCGAGGAGGAAAUUAACAGAUGUCACGAUUAAACAUUGAUGUCUCAUUUCGAUGGGGAAGGGCCUCUCGCGAAUGGUAACCUGAGUGGAUGGUCUGGCCUACAAGAGUAUGGACCAUGCCCCAUGACAGAUCGAAAACGUCUGCCACUGUAUUUCAGCGCUGCGAAAAUUACAAUUGUUUGGUUCAGUCUGCUGCUUUUUUUUAAAAGUUUCGCUCAGUUAAUUGAGUUUCGUUGCCUAUACUUCAUACCUGGUUAGUAAACAUCAUAUCGUAAACGGAUUAUGGCCUUGUCCGCUGAAUGUCAAUCAAUUGAAGUCGCAAGUGACUACCUGAUUGGCCUAUUUAUUUGAUAAUUUAAAAACGUUUGUUGACAAAUUAAUUGUUGGUAUCGAGCAUCAGCACACCGAGGCUGACUUCGUGUGCUGAGAUCUGGCGUGUCCUCAAUACGAAAGGUUGUACAUAUUGGAAUUCUGAAUGUUUGUUAAAUGCUAUACACUAAGCCCUAGAACAGUGUUACGUAGGUAAGGCUAUGCUUAUUUUGCUACGAGAGCAUCGAUACAACAAUUAACGCGGCGGAGGCAAGUUUCUCGUUGAAAUUAUUUGUUAUACAUAAUAGAUACGGCCAAGUUACGCAACGUGCCACUUAUUCAUAACCAUAAUCGGAAUAAAGAAACGAGUUUUGAACGAAAACGAGCGAAUUGAAUGCUGUAUGAUUGACAAAAUUGGCUGGCUAGUUAAACGUCUAAAUUUUAAACUUGAUCCUUUGUUGGCAGAAAUCAAAUGUUGGCGAAUUUAUCAAAUAAUAGUGGAGCAUUACUUUGCUCACUGACCUGCCAUCGUUGAAACAAAUAGCGAAAAGAUAGACGUUAGACUCAUUUUUCAUACCUCCUCUCAUUGUUCUUAAAACCACGUCCUGCUGUGUUUUUCUCCAAUAUGGUUGUUAUGAUACGCUUGUGUAGUAUUUUAAAAAUUCGAAUGAAUGAUUUGUGUGAUUUAAGAGAAGUACCGUAUCUGUCAUGUGAUAACCAAUUAGAUCAGAUUUCUGUACGUUAUCUAUAUCAGCGUCUUGCUCUUUAAACAAUCGAUCUGAAGGACUACGCCUCACGCAGCUUUCCUCCGCAGUGUCUUUUCUUUUUCUUACUCUUGUUGGUAUGAACUCUAAUUGUCGGUGGUUUAGUUGCAAAUAGAUGUAUGACGAUUGAUGUACAACAAUAAAUACGAUACGUAUUGUAUAUCGGAUACGGGCCAGAGGAGUCUGGUCUAGUGACACGUACUUGUUAAAAGUUACACACCGGUUAUGAUAUCGCCGAUCAUUGCUAUUUAUAAUAAUAAUAGUAAUUAUAAUUAUUAUAAAUGUAACUUUCACUAUGGGCAGUUUACAAGGUUGGAGCUAUGCGAAAAACAUACCAAGUGAAGCCGACUAUAUAUAUAAAUAAUAUAAUACGGAUACGAAAUGAACAGUGAGCCAGACGCCGAAUUAGAGCGAACGUGAAGUGUCCGAGAAAAAGAAACGUGGGAACACAAAAAGGAAGAGAGUCGAAGAUCACGAAAUAGUAUAUGGCCUUUGAUGAAGAUGAUCAUUGUGAAAGCGGUACGUGUUUUAACUGUUUCAUGCAAAAAAUAUUCUAUUUGCCUGGGUGUGUUCGGUUGCGCAUGAGACGGGCAUCCAUCUCACACUUCAUCUUUUCUACGACCAGUUAAAAUAAUGAAAUAAUAAUAUUACUGAAUUCUAGUAUUAUUAUUGCACACACACUCACACACACGUGUAUAUACAUGCAUAUGUGCGUGUGUAUGUGACGCGCUAUACAUAUAUAGCGCGAUAUAUCAUUCGCAAUCAAACGCUCGUUAAUAGUAAUGAUGAUAAUUACAUUCGUAUGUAUCACUGUUGUUGCCCACCGGCAAUAUAUUCUACAACUUCUCAUGCAACAUUAGCAGAAAAAGAUAACGUUCCCCUUAUUCACACGCGACGUCUGUUUUUCAUGAGCAUAAACCGGCAGAUGAUACUGGGUCUUCUGUAUCGUCUUAUGGACAGCUUAUUAUCCUUGGUACUAAAUAAGACAUAGAUGUAAAUUUCUAGCAUGGAAAUUGCAUUAAAGAUCAGCGGGUCCGAUUUCCACAUCGUUGCACCGAAGGCGUCUUGCGUGUCGAUACCCAAAUCGCUCAUCAAUACUCCCCUUUUCGUUAAUCGAUAGAAAUACUGUGCUGAGCUCAUUUUGAAUAUCCAUGUGCCAUACCACAUGACACGAUUAAUAAGACAGAGACCAUCACAAUCAAUUUAUUUGCACUCAACCCUUCGAAUUAACUAAAAGGACAUCGCCGUUUGUCAACUUAUUGUAUCGCAAAUUGCAUAUUGCCAAGGAGAAAAACAAUAAUACGACACAGAAUAUAAUUAAAAAAAUAGUAGUUCGCUGAGCAGGCUUCUACCGCUGUCAAAUAUGGAAAAGCGCAAUGUUGCGCGCGGGCUACUUGAAAAUAAUGAUUGGGCAUAACAGCAUCAUAAAUGAUAAUAUAAACACUGUGCACAGAUACAGUAUUGACCUAUGCUGACCUACGAGCACCUUGCCGUAGCAGGGCGAUAACUCAUGAUACAAUAAUAUAAAUGCUGGGAUCAAAACUUGCAGCUUUAAUAGAUGGGUAAAGAAUAAAUUUUCAACUAAGAUUAAUCGCAGUGCGCUUGGAUUGGUUAUGACAGAAGCGACGGAAUGGGGAAAGUCAUGGUUUACUAAAUGGGUAAGCUGGAGGCUGAAUUAAUACAACUUGUGGAAUCCAUCAACUUCACAUCUCAAUAUCAUUCAAAGUAUCAUUCAUUAUACACACAUACAGACGAAUAAUCGAAUACUGUUUUUGGUAUUGAUAAGGCGAAAUAGAUAACGGGCCGGACGCAAAAACGUCUUGCAUAUUGAGUAGAAGAGACUUUUGUAAGCAAAAGUACACAAAGCAUUGACAUGAAUAAGGGUAGCAUUAGAUAUUAUAGGCUCCACAUGAAGUUCCCUUGCAAUUCUGAGUGUAACUGGAGGUGGCCCGUAACUCUGAGUUGGGAGCAUCAUUUGAAGUGUAUCUUAGGCACACAAAUUAGUUAAUCGACUGCCAUUAGUUUUUAUCUAUUACGGGAAGCAUAAUAAAAAUGUGUUCAUCUAUAAACAUAGGUCAUUGUGUUGGAAUUGCCUGCCAAUUAUAUCUUAGCACGAUAUCGAUGGGCUGAACCGAAAUAGUAGUUUGCUGAUUCCCUAGAGAUGUUAGCGUCGCAGGUGUGGCCAAAGCAUUUAAAAAGGGAAUGCAGUCAGAAGAUGCGCUGAAUGCCGGUUCAUAAAUGGUGUUUCACCGUAGCUAGUCGAGUCCGUGAAUGACUGUAGAGUUUUUUGAAGUCUCCUAUUAUUAAUUAUUGGUGUUACUACUACUGACUGCCUUUCGUAUGAAAUGGAAUAGAGCACCAAAGGAAGGUUUGCUGAACGGAGUUCGUGCAUUCCGCCAUUUGUUAGCAUUCGCGCAUGUCAGGUCAAUGCUAAGACGUUUUUUUAACAAAGAAAUACAAAUAAAUGUGGACCUCCCUUUUUGACUGUUUAAUCUAUAGAAAGGGUUGUCGUCACGACAAUGCAUGUUGACAAGGUUGUUUCGAAGCGAUUGACUAAACAUCAGUGAACAUCAGUAUGGCUGAAAUUCGCCCUUAGAAAGGAAUAGAUUGUUACAAGGGCAGAUCUGCAUUGAUAUCCAAUACGAACCUAUAUGACAUGUGGUGCAGUUAUACCUUGUGACUACGCAUGAUCCACACAGAUGUGGUUUUUGAAACUUGGAACUUUUUGGGAACAAAUAACUAACCGUAAUAAUAGGUUACGUAUGAAACCCGACACAUGAAAAAUUCCUAAUUAUCAUUAGGAUUAUUAAAUUAUCUAUUAAAAAUAUCAACGGCAAUAACACUACUAAAGUAAAGCAACAAGAAUAUCUAUGUCAAUACCAUUUAUACUCAAUAUAUAUGAUUCCUAUCAAUAACAAAUACAUAGGAAUUAUCGAUUAUCGAUUACUAGCAUGAAAACACCUGAGAACCCGGUCAUGUCGCUUAUAGCCAUAUCUGUGUUUAGUUUUUGACUAUUUUUGCCAACGGGGAGCUUUCACAACAAUGUGCCCACGGCCCUCUUGGCCUAUUCCUUUUUUACUACAGAGGUGAGUGGUUGCAUCGUAUGGAUAAAGGACAAAAAAUGACCAAUAGAAUGCUAUAAUUGUGAAAACGCUUAAGAGACACACUGCAAUAAUAAAGUUUCAAUAUUUUAAUAAACGAUGACCCUAAUAGUACACUAAAUAGAAUCUUCUACAAUAGAUGUCACAAGACAGAACGUGCUAACUAUAGCAGAAUAAACAGCUGUUCAUUAGAUGCACACCACUGUUCCUCGCGGAGACACGAGACAUUACCAAAAAUUGUUAUCAAUAUUUCCAUAAAUAUAAUUGUCCUUUUACUUCAAUGUAUAAUGAUCACUGUUUUUGUAUUAUUGUAUUAUUAUUAGCAUAAAUUAGUAUGCUUAGCAGACAAGCCAUAAGAAACAUAAAUCAAAGAAGCCACCAGAUUACUCGUCAGAACAUCGAAAUCGAACCACAGAAAAAUAAGGGCCAAGUCCCGUUUUCAGCCCCAUUUCGUCCAAAGUCAAUGGAAUCUUUCCAUAUUACACUACUUCAUGUUAGAAAAAAAGAUGCUCCACUGUUAUAAUUUUUAAGAUUUCAAAAUUUCAACAAAUUUCAAGGCUGUGGCGUCUCAUGCUUCGCUACUUUGUUGCGUUCUAUUUACCCUUCAUAGUGAAGCUAUACUAGUUGACCGAGAUUUUCUUUAUAGCCAUACCACAUCACGGUCGUUAUUGCUGCAAGAGCAGGCACUUACAGGUCCUGUUCCAAAACCUUCUAAAUGUAGUCGUUCAGAAGCUAGGACGCGGAGUAGACGUAGCACAAUUUCGACUGUUCCGUAUAUAUGGGAACAGCAGGAGUCUUGAAAUGAUGUUUGAGCAAAAACAACUUUGUAGUAGCACUACCAGUAAUUGCGGCUGGUAUUAGGGAUAACACAUUUGAAAAAUGGGGAGAAAACUUUGAACCAUUAUUACACGCACGGAUACCGAAGUGAAGAUGGCAAUGGUAGAAAGCCCUAUAAAGAUUAUGCCUAUAUAGAUUUCAUGAUUCAACCAUGAUAACGGUGUAUAUAUAUAUAUAUAUAUAUAUAUAUAUAUAUAUAUAUAUAACGGUAUGAGUACACUGAAAAAUAACUGACAAGGAAUCAGAAUAAACGAGAUCGCGAAAGGGAGCGACAAAGGCAAAGAGCAACGACCAGGAUGCGGGUGACAAUAAUAAUACUGGUCGCGGAAUCAAUUAGUUGAACAGUAAUUACAACAGUUCAUAAUGAAGCGAGGUGGAUAAUGGGCGCGGACGAAACAGCAGAAAUGAAAAAGAAAUGUUCAUAUAGCGCGUGGCCCCUGCGGUGAAGCUACUUUUCAUAACUUAUUUGGCUUAAUUGUUUGCUAUAUAAGUCAACAAUGUCAACAACAGCACUUUAUUUAUUAAUAAAUAUAUUUAAUAAAA